AAGGACUGCUCUUUAGUUACCCAAAAAUUCUCGAAGAGGCAAGAACGCACAGAUACUAUCACGAGAUAAGCUUUCGAUCUUGUUUGAUUACCAGUUGGCAAUUUUUUUGCAAGAUUUAUACUUCAAUGCAUUGAAUAUCACUAUACAGAAAAUGAUACUAACUACACAGAUGCUUACAGUUCUCGGAACUAUAUGCUUCUUAUGUGUCAAUGGAAUUACUUCUUUUGCUGAUGUACAUUUUUCUCCGCACUGCAUAGAACCGAUGAAAUAUAGUACGAAUAUUUCUGCGGAAGUACAAAAAAAUUCUCUUAUUGUUGAUUCUCUUGUUAAACUGCACGUUAAGUGUCCACUGCAAAACAUAAAAUUGUAUUUCGGACGUUACUGCGAACAACCAAAAAUUAACAUCAUAACUAAUGUUUCUUCUACUUUUCCAACUUUAUCUUGGGAAACAAAAGUUUUGCCAUUUUUUUCGGACGAUCGAUUCAAAACCUUGAACAUCAGCUUCAUUAACCAUAAUAGAGAACACUUUAGAAUACAACAACAAAUAGUAAAUAAACGUAGAUUGUGGAUAUCUGCAAAAUAUAAUUGCAGUUUAGAUAAAGUUAUGAGAAUUUAUCCAUUUAUUGAUGAAACUAAAAUAGAAAAAAAUUUGAUAUUACCGCGUAUUCCCGCUGAAUGGAUAUUUCCAUGUUGGGAAAAUCUCGCAAGUAAGGCCACAUUUACUAUUCGAAUCAAGCAUAUCAGUAGUGAAACAGCUCUUUCAAAUAUACGUGAUAAACUAGUGGAAAACUCUCAAGUUUAUACAUAUACUUUAUUCCGUACACCUUUAAUAUCCACUCGUGCCGUAGCAACAGUAGUCGUACCUUCUGAAUGUACCAACUUUACUUUCGAAUCAGAUACACUUAUCAUACACAGCAGAUUACAAGUGGAAAACGACAUUUCAUACGCACGACGUCUUAUACGUCAUAUUACGAAUUUUAUUAAACUCAAGAGAAGAGAUGUUACACCAAUUUCACACGUGCAGUAUAUAGCACUUUCAACAAACUACAGCUACGAAACUAUAGUAACUAGUGGACUUGUCCUUUUCAGAGACGCUGAUCUUGCAUACAAUGAAGAAAUUGAUUCGUUUAGAAGAAAAAUAGAAGUAACAUGUUUGGUUGCACGCAGUGUGAUACAAGAAGCGUUCAGUAAUUGGGUAAUUACAAUUAAACAGUCUGAUUCUUGGUUCAUCGAAGGAUUUUUGACAUUUUACGGAGUUUAUGUAGUCGAUCAGAUUUACAGUGAGACUUUCUUGAUGUCGAUUGUGGUUCAGACACGGCGAAUGGUGUUUGAAUAUACACAGGCAUUUAUUGAUUAUUAUUAUUUAAUAGAAAAUAAUCCAUUUCUCAAAAACGAAACUUUUGAUAAAAUGUGGAAAGAGAGAGGAUUUAAUAUUUUCUAUAUGAUGAAUAAUUUAUUCAGUAUCAAAAAUGUUCUGCACGACUUUAUUUUUGAGAAAGCGAUAAAUGUGUAUAACACUAGUACAUCAAAGCAGACAUAUAAAAAACAUUUUAGUCUUGAUAAUAUAUGGAUCAAAAUAAUGCUUGUGCCAACCAUAUAUAACAACAUGUAUUUCAAGAAUAUACAUAUAAAACAUGUGAUAACUUCAUGGAUAACACAAUAUGGUUAUCCUGUAGUACGAGUAAAACGGGACAAUAAUACACAACUUGUAGAAAUUAUGAUUCAAGAUUGUGUUACGGUUAAACAAAAGAACAUGUGUGCAUACAAGUGGUGGAUACCUAUAACCUUUGUAAAAAUAUCAAGGAAAACGUUUAGUACUACAUAUCUGUACCUAAAACCAUACGGAAAAAGCAAAUUUCUUGCGAAUAUGAAAGAAGAUGAUUUUAUCAUAAUCACGGAGCCAAAUGGAUAUCGCGUCAACUAUGAUCGUAAAUCUUGGGAAAAUAUUGCUCUCUUCCUAAAAAGUGAAAAAUCUGAGACUUGGGUUGCAUUUAAUUUAACUGACGUCACUUUAGCACAACUUCUUGAUGAUGCGUUUUAUUUUUUAAUACAAAAUACAAAGUAUACUGUACCUCGUGCUGCAAAAAGUGAAACUUUAGACAUAUUUUUCAAUCUUGCAAGCAAUGUAGUUCGCGUAAAGAAUUCGUACAUAGUGUGGCAUUCCAUAUUUACAACUCUUCAAUACAUAUCAAAGAGUUUUCCAUUACCGGAAAACGCAAAGAUCAAGACUAAAGUCCUAGAAAUAUUAUAUAGUUUUUUUGUAACUACAUCACAUACAAAUAAUUUUGAAAAUACUGUCAGUAAUCAAGUAUAUUACGAAGUUGUAAAAUGGACAUGCACUCUUGGUGGCUUAAAGUGCAAAGAUCAUGUUACUGCUAUAUUACAGUGGCAUUUAAAAAAUCCUGUACAUUACAGACUUUUGCCAAGUUGGCAGAAAUGGAUAUACUGUCAAGGUUUACUUUUAGAAAAUGGUACUUAUACGUCUGAUUUGUGGCAAAACAUAGAGAAAAUAUAUGUAACCCAGCAAACCUUAGGAGAAAUGUUUGAAUUGUCACCUUGUUCUGGGCAUAAUAUUUUGCAAUCUUUACGAUUGGUUAAUCUACAAAACAAAAGGACGUCUAUUAAUAUUCUACUCAGUAGUAUAGCAAAAUAUUCAAAAGAUGUUACAUUAUUGAAAAGUAUAAUACACAAAAUAAGACGUGUUGCAAGACUAUCUAUCACAGACAAUCUAUUUGCAUUGAUCAUUUUUAUUAUUAACAACACUUAUUCAGAAGAAAAUCUUGAAAAGGUUUUUCAGAUUAUAGACCUGUAUUUUGAAGAACUGCCUAACAUAUCUAAUGUGGAAAAGGCAAUAUUUAUCAAAAUUAGAGAGAAAGUUAAGAGUCGUCGUAAGAUGCUAAAUAAAUUGAAAAUGUUUUAAUGAAAUUGAUAAACACUUACCACUAACCGCACGAAUUAGUUAGUUGUGACUACAUAAAAUUUAUUAGUAUAGGUAUCCACUGUUUUAAUUAUUUACAAAAGAGUAUUCAUGUGUUACGUUGAAGACUACAGUUAUUUUUUUGUAUAAGAAACCUCAAUGUAUUUUAUGACACUAAUAGGUAUUUAUGAAUUAUGUUAAAAUUCAGAUCUAUAAGAUACGGAGUUUAAU